AUGGGGUGGGCUGGCUAUACGGCCGUGGAGAAGGUCUGUUCGUUUGACUGCGGCAGACUGGCCUUUGUACGAGGCCGUUUAGAGCGUGGCUGUUUAGAGCGUGGCCAUCUGGAGCGUGGCCGUCUGGAGCGUGGCCAUCUGGAGCGUGGCCAGUUGAAUACGGCUUUUCGUUGGAGUGCAGCCGUUCGAAGCCAGCUGGCUACACUCACCAGCCGGCUUGAAGCUCUCUCGACUAGCUCUGAAUCCAGUCGAUCGAACCCCUACUUGGUUCCAAAAGAACCAGCUUACGAAAUUACACCUGACGACUCCAUUCUCGUCCACUACCCAGCAAUGGACGGGAAAGAUUUUUUCAAACAUAAAUCUGGAAACCGUGCAGACGAUCUUGCAUAUGCAACAGAAAUGGCUAAAGAGAUGCAGUCUUUUGCCAAAAACACAACCCAAACCUAUUCUGCACCCAAAUCGGCACUCAUUGACUGGCCCGACUCUUCCUCUCACCACAGUUCCACGGACAAAACAAUCUCACGCUAUCAAUCACGAUUGGCAAACCUUACAAGACCACUUGAUCAAUUUGCCACGGAAAUGUUUUCCUACGAAGUUGACCCUGCGGUCGCACAAGCGUGUUUACAGCUCGCACAGACAAUGCGUGAACAUAUUGCACACCUUGCACAGCAAAUGUCAAGCGACAGGGAGGACCUUGUUUACCAAAGCGCACAAAAUUUCAGUCACCAAGGACACAGUUGA